UCACAUACAAGGGAAUCAUGAAGAUCCAAGUGCUCCUUGUCCUCGCCUGCUUUUGCCUUGCCAACGCUGAUGACCAUUACUGUGGCAGGGACCUGUCUCGAGCUCUAAGGGAUCUCUGCCCUUACCUAUCUUCAGGGAUGGUGAAGCGAUCCCCUCAGCACGCCUUCCAGCCUUCUGGGACCUUGGAGCAGUGGAAACCGGACUUCUGGCCGUGGCUGGUGCAAGCCCCGCAAGUGCUGCAUGGGAAUAGGCGCAAACGUCAAGUGGUUUCUGAAUGCUGUGAUAAAUCCUGCUCCAUUGAUGAGCUUCUGACGUACUGUCCUUAAGAUUGAAGAUCUAGGUGUUCCGGGAUAUACAUUGUGGAAAUGUAAUGGAUUAUUUAUGUUUGUUAAAUAAAUA